CUAGGUUUGUGCUCAGCGAGGGAGGUGACGGUGUCUCCAGGUCCCUUGAUAAGGGUCAUGGGUCAGCCUGUCUCCAUCAGGUGUGAUGUCCGUGAAUAUGGAGGCCCGCGGGAGCAGGAUUUUGAUUGGAUGAUGCAAAGGGAGGGCGAGGCGGCGAUAAACGUCAUCUCCACCUUCGACACCACAUUCUCUGACGAGUUGCUGAGUAGCCGUGUUGCUGCUGGGGACAUCUCGGUGGUGAGGCUGGAAGACAACGUGGUGGAACUGAGGAUAGAGGAAGUGAGGUCAUCAGAUGGUGGCACGUACACGUGCAAAACGCCAAGCACAGACUCCGUCAUCAGCGGAAACUAUGAGGCCGAGGUCCAGCUCACUGUUAUUGCUGACACCCUCCGAGUCUCCCCCCGAUCCCUGACCCCUGUCAUCCCAGAGGGAAGUGACAUCAGCCUUUCCUGCAAUGUCACCCGACAACUGGCCCACCCUACCUACCUUUCAGUCACCUGGUCACUGAAGAAAGGAGCUUCUUCACUGGAGGAUAUCUUGACUUUUGGCCCUCAGGGAGGCGUGGUAAUGGGGUCCAAGUACACCGAACGAUACGUGGAUGGAGGCCUCCGGUUGGUUCCUGGGGAAAAUGGAGUAUUUGGAUUGGUGGUCGCCAGGGCCACAGUGUCCGAUGAAGGAACGUAUGUGUGCACAGGCCGGGAGUGGACACAUGAGGAUGGAGGGCAGUGGAGAAGUAUAGUUGAGAAAAGUAAAGAGAUGGGAACCGUCUCGGUCACCCCUACAGGCCAGUCCUUCAGCGUCACAGCAUCCUCCUCUUCUUCACUUUUCUCCCCGGGUGAGACCAUGACCCUCCUCUGCUUGGUCGACGCUGACAAUCUGCCUUCUCUCGCUCUGGAGGUGGCCUGGUUCUCUGAUAGCCAUGACAUCAUUGGGACAGAUCGCAACGGGGUGGUGAUUUCCAACGCGUCCUCAAACAGCGGAGGAAGACAGAGAGGGGAGGUGGGCCUGGCACGAACAGGGGCCGGGGAGUUCACAUUGACGGUGAGAGGAGUUGGCGGGGAGGAUGGUGGUGUGUACACCUGCCGUGUGCGAGCUUUCAUUGAAAGAGGAGGUGAAGGAGGAAGAUGGUAUAUGGCAGCUGAGAAGAUAUCCAACCCUGUGACCAUCAAGGUGUCGCAGAUCAAGCCCAGCCUCUCGUUGGACCUGGACCCCAUCCUGAGCCCUCAGUCCACUGCCGAUCCCACGGAGCUAGCAUGUCAUGUGACCAACCUUACCCAUCUCCCCCUGGGGGGCCGCUUGGGCAUCACCUGGGAGCACACCUCACUUCCUGGUAUAGGAGAUGACCCUCAGACAUCGCAUCCUAUUGGUUCCUUGGAUGCCCAUGGUAACCUCUUGCCUGGGGCCAUGUACUCUGAUAGGCUAAAGACUGGGGCCAUGACACUGAUGAGAGUGCCGCCAAACACCUUCAAACUUCGCUUCCUCCGCACACAGGAGGUGGACAUGGGCCAGUAUAGCUGCAGCGUUUCUUGCUGGAGUCCAGACAAGAAGGGGGACAUGAUGAAGACAGCAGAGUAUGAGAGCUCACCGCUCACUGUGCACUGGGAACCUAAACGGCCCUCUCUAAGUGUUGUGGCCAAACAAACCCGUGAGGCCUCUGCUGGUGGGGCUACCUUUGAGAUGAUCUGCACCAUAGCCAAUCAGAACCUUGGGGAGGCUGGCUACUCUGUCCUUAUCCAAUCACAGGACAGUUUACAGGGCAGUGUCAGAACAAUCAUGACCCUGAGCCCAGAUAAUGUGUUACAACACGGAGGGGCUACAGACCCCAACAGAAGAGACAGCCUGGUUCUGACUAAGUCUGGUCCACUAGAGUACCGGUUCCGGCUUGCAGGGGUCCAGCUAUCGGACAGAGGAUACUACUGGUGUGACAUCACAGCCUGGACGAAGCAGCAACCAGGACAAGCCUGGACCAGAGCUACGAGUGGCGAAUCCAACAAGAUCAAGAUAGACUUUCAAGAGAACGGCCCCUCCUUCAGCAUAUCCAUCCUGUCAGACAUCAGCAGCAUCUAUCCAUGGGAAACGGGCAAAAUGGAGUGCUCACUCAGCGUCUCUGGAUCAUCACCCAGUACUGAUCAUUUGGCGUAUGAGGUGCGAUGGUUUUUCACCAAGCUGCGCGGUGGAGAGAGAGUUACCCAGCUAGCGAGUAUUGACCGCUUCGGGAUCAUAAGAAAAGAGACUCGCAACACUUCCAGUGACCUGUCACUAGAGCGCAAGGACACACACACCUACGUCUUAAACAUCCACGGCACGCAGAACAGUGACAGUGGAGAGUACCAUUGCAUUGCUACUCCGUGGUACCUGUCAGCCUCAACAGGAGCCUGGACUCAGGCUGAAGAGAUGACUUCUGCUAAAGUCUUCCUCACUGUCCGCUUUGCUGUCUGGGACUCCCUGAAGUUACCGCUGCUUUAUGGAGCAGCAGCUUCACUAGGUGUUGGUCUCUUCUCUGUGGUGCUGGGCUUGGUGUGUGCCCACUGCUGCUGCCGCAACACCAUCCACACCCCACGCUCACGCAACAAGCUCAUGGACCUGGAGAUGGAUUGACAAAUGCUUUCCCCUGCACACACACACAACACACACAGCACAUGCCACACACACACAAAGCACACACUCACAGAUGAUUUCUGGGAUACCAGGUAUUCCCAGCAUAUGGACAAUGGGAGUAGCAGAAAACGGCACCAUGGAAGUGGAAACCUAACCAAUCAACUUCAACAUUUGAGUGGUGCUCCGGCCUUCCGGAUGUUUCCAUCUGAGGAGCUGGGAGAUUCCAAACAUGCCGAUGAGAAGAAACCUUUUGAAACUUUUAAUAUUAUGAAGAUCUGUGAAGCUUUUUAAGGGGCCCUUACAUGAUGACGGUACUACGAGGAGCCACCGUGACUCCCAGAGAUAUCAGCAUCUUCUCACCGGUGUGCUCCUAGUAAAGGCCAUGUGAAUAAGUAACCACUGGACUCAAACACUGGCACGUGACGACUGCCACUGUCAACAUUAAAAACAAGUAUUUAACAAAUAGCAAAUAAGUUGGCUUGGAUUGCUCAGCCAUUCUCUUUUUUUAAGUUAUUUCACAGAAUGCCAAGUGUCCCUACAACCACUGUUUUGCAUUUGUCACUGUAACUCAUUUAGGGAUGUGAAAUGGCGCAAAUAAAAUGUUUCAAACUU